AUGUACAUGGUCAAAGUCUUCACCAUGAUGACCAUCUCCGAGGUUCUGUGCAAGAUCCUCUACCCGAGCGACAGCAGCGAGGCGGCGUACGGCAUCUGCGAGGACCUCGACAUGAACGUGACGUGGGACGACCCGGAGCCCGGCAGCAUCUUUGGCUCGGAACUCUUGUCCACGUCCAACGGCCUGUCCCUAGCCGGCGGCGGCGGCAGCAGCAGCAGCGGCGGCGGCGGCGGCGGCAACGGCUCGGGAGGGGGAGGACAGCAUCAGCAUCAGCAACAACAACAACAACCGCUGCCGGCCAACUGGACGCCCGACAUGAACUGGUGGCCGUGGACGACGUUCCGCACCACCGUCACCAGCGACCACACCCACGCCGAGAACCAGCCGUGGACCGGCAUACAAAAGACGGUCGAGACCGACGUGCGGCACGAGUGGGUCGUGCUGCACCACCGCGAGAGGGAGGGGUCGUCGUCGCUGAGCAUCAGGCCAAAGACCACCGCGUCCGGCCAUUCGACGAGGAGUAGUCCUGGCGGGCGGAGGCCGGGUGGCUCAUGA